AUGCGUCACUUCGACGCCUGGCUCCUUCGAGACCCUUACUCGAUCUUUCAUUACUAUUCCACCGGCCGAAGAUGGCAGGAGACCAUCCGGGACAUGAUCCAGGAACGCAAGAUCUGUGCUCCGCAGGUGGAUGUUGCGGCGGCCAGAAAUGCGGUCCCCGUAGACCCCUUUCGCCGGGAGAUGUCCUCGCAGCCGGACUCGAUGUUCCUGCAGAAGCUUCCCCCCGAGGUUCGUCUGCUCAUCUACGAAUAUGUCUUUGGGGAUCAAGCCGUCCAUCUGGUGCAGGUCAAGGACAAGGUCCGCCAUGUUCGCUGCAACCACGUCUCGUCCUCCAUCCAGAGCAACCGCCAGUGCUGCCCGCUCACUCCAGCUAGAUGGCGCGUUAACGAUGGCCGCAUGGCAGGUCACAGCGAUCGUAAGCUCUAUCCGCACACGCAUACGAUGCUGCCAGGGAACCUGAGCAACUCAGGUGUCUCGUUGCUCCGGACGUGUCGUGCCAUCUACGCGGAGGCGGCAGACAUCCUUUAUUCGCAAGUGGAGUUCGAUGUUGAUGACCUUCACACCUUCAUUGCCUUCACCUUGAGUGUCUGCCCCGAUCGACUGCGUUGCAUUAAGCGUCUGACCGUUCAAUGGAUGCCCAUCUGGCAGCCCAUGUCGGGCGAGGAGCACAAGUCAUCGAUCUACUCGCAUACGCACAACGACCGACUGUGGGUUGCUUUCUGGACUCGAGUAAUUGCCCUUCCUAAUCUGGAAGAACUUAAUUUGAGCUUGGAUAUUGGCCGGUUUAGCAGCACCCCGGUUGGAGGUGUCAUCAUCGGCGGCAAGCGGAUUCGACUUGCGGUUGACGAACCCUGGGUUUCACCGAUGCUCUUAGUCCGUGGAUUGCGCUCCUUUGACCUGUGUAUCACGGCGAAAUGCGAUCUAUCUGCAAAGAUCUUGAUGGAGGAAGACAUCAAGAGGGAUGCUGUGCAGCUCCAGGACCAGCUGCGGUCGGUUAUGUGCUCGCCCCCUGGCCAGCUUCCACCGAUCACCGGAAUCAAAUUCGAAAAGCCGUGUGCGACGGAGAAGCAUGGAAGAGAGGAGCAGCAGAUGUACAAGAGACCCCGUCUUGCGAUCACUCCAGCUUAA